AGCAGAGCCCGGUUCUCGCUUCCUCUGCUCGCUCGCGGGGGGGUGCAGGCUCAGUGCUGCGGCCAUUUUGAUUUGCAAUUGCAGCGCUGGGGAGAAACUGUCUGGAAAAGGUGGGGACCCUGUUACCCUAAGCAUAGCGCUGACAAAAGUUCCUUUUAAUUUUCCCUUUAAUGCGGAACUGAAGCCAGAGCCAGAGGCAGAUUUUUUUUCACCCGGUAAGAUUCUGUUUCAACUGUUCGUUACCUUUCGUGUGUAGCUUAGCCUUUCGUUAGCUUACGUUAGCUUGGGGUUGCUUCUGUAGCUAACAAACACAUGACCAGAAAUAGGUUUGGAGGAUGUAGUUUUACCAAUCCCUAAAGUAUUAGUUAUCUGCACAGUUAUUUCAACCAUUAACAGAGACAUUAAUUCCUAGCUUGUCGAAAUGGUGCACAUUCGACAGACGGUUAGCCGGUCAGUUGAGGUGACGCUAGCAUACACCAGAGCUAAUGUUGGACCCCACACCAGUGUAAGGUUAUAGCGCAAUAACAGCAGCAGCAGCUCUUGCCCGUCAGUUGCAGAGAUGCCGAUGAUGCAAGUCAAAAUCUAAAUCUGUAUGGGUUGAAUAUUUCAGGUGAAUCCAGAGGCGAGAGAUGUGGGACCAGGGAGGACAGCCCUGGCCGCAGUGGCCUCUGAGCCAGCAGCAGUGGAUGCAGUCUUUCCAGCACCAGCAAGAUCCAGGUAACGGAGUGCAUGCACUCUGAGCUGAUUUUACCUGACAAUGAAACGUCACAUAACCAGUGCAGGCUGUGAAAAGUAGAUGUACACCAGAUUACAAGGGUGUUCUGAGUGAUUGCAAUUUUUUAAUUUACCUGAUCGGAUUCUUUUUCUGCCUAUUUGAAGGUCAAGUGGACUGGGCUGCCCUGGCACAAGCAUGGAUUGCUCAAAAGGAGUCAACAUCUGAACAGCCAAACAUUCAGCCCAAUGGCCAAGAUAUCCCAGGCAUUGAUGCUGUUGCACAGAGUAACCAUGGCAGCUUCCAGGGUGACCCAGCAUUUGGCAGAAUGUGGCAGCCAGGUACAACUUAAACCCUACCAGGCUCUCUCUCUCUCUCUCUCUCUCUCUCUCUCUCUUCUCACUCACCUUUUGGGCUGGUGAAAUUUGUUUUUUCUCCCAUAUAAGUUCCAUGCUAUUUUCAGAUUGUAGAGUAUUUGCAAAUUGUGGACUCUUGUUGAUGUUUGUAUACAUGCAAAGAUAAGUGUGAAAGUCUGGUUACAUAGUCCAUUUGCAUAGGAUGCCCAGGCGCUUAAAUAAAAGAGGGCCCCUUAUUGGUUCCAUAAAUGUGCUGUGUUGUUUUACUUUCAUUAAUGGUUACUUAUAAUGUUACCAUCACUAGAAUGGGGGAUGCAUGGCCAGCCUCCUCCCCCUCCUCCACCCCCCGACCAGGCCUGGAUCCCUCCGGGGUCAGGACCAAUGGACGUUGUGAACCCCAGCGAGGACAGCAACAGCCAGGACAGUGUGGAGUUCAACUCUGAAGCCCACCAUGGGGUUUACCCCCAGAACAGCCAUGGGUAUGGGGCUCAGCCCGACAGCUACGCCAUGGCCCCCAUGGCCAUGAACCAGUUUGAUUAUCAGGUAUGCAGAUGCUACAGUAGAAACUGUUGAAGCGUUUCAGUUUUAGUGUGACAGCCAAGUAACACAAGAAGAAGCAAUCCAUAGAAACUGUCCUGGGUCCCAGCAUCUGUGUGUAUCAGUCAUUGCUUUUUUGAUGCAAUGCAGAGGAAGGUGUUGGCUUGUUGAGGAUCCGGCAUGGUUUGGUAUUAUUUUUAGACUUUUAUUAAAAUAUUAGUCAGCACAGUUGGAUGAACAUCAGCUAAAAGUCUGCCUUGUUUUUGGGGCAAGACAAAACAAUCCCACAUUUAGUGUGUGCCAUCUGGUGGUAAUAACAAAGAAACUUCUGCACUUUGAAUCCCAUUCGAUUUUUGUGCUCACUCUCCACAGCAUGGAGCCGCUUCAUCCUUUCCUCCUGCACCCACUGGCUUCCAUCCCCCAUACUGGCAGGGUCCUCCUCAGAAUAGGCGGGAUGCACGACCACCUGGCUUUAGAGACCGACCGAGAUCCCCCAUCCAGCUCCCUGUCAAGCAGGAGGCCCCGGCACCAUUAGGUGAGUGUUUUCACUGAUCUAGAGGCUAUUACAUAAUCAGCUGAAGGCUGCUUGAGGCACUUGGACAUACAACACGUAUGAUGUUGUGUAUAAAGAAAAAACAGAAUAAGAGUUCUGAAGAGCCUUUAUGUUGUUCCAGGAUUCACAAUGAAACAACUUUAGUCAGAUGUUUUUAUCAAUCUGGUAUUUAUCCUGUUAUGAGUUGCUCUUCAUCCCCGAAUUACUCUCAUUCGUUGGAAAUUUGAGCUGCUGUGUUUUCACAUCGGCUCACUAUGACUUAACAAACAAGAAUUUUACUGGGAGGCUGGUGGGGGGAAAAAAAGAGUGUUUCUAUGAUGUAGAUCACAGAUAAGAUCAGAAAACCAACUGCAUGUUUAAAAAAGAAGUGAACACAUUUUGAAAUUUCUUUAAAAAUUUCUGUCUUCUUGAUUAAUUUUAUGUGUCUAAUAUUGUGGCCGUGUGCGGUGAAUUCAUUUUGACAUGGGAUUUCACCUUCAGAUGCCGUCAAGAGGCGCACACUCCCUGCAUGGAUCCGAGAAGGCCUUGAAAAGAUGGAUAGAGAGAAGCAGAAGAAGCUGGAGCGAGAGCGUAUGGAGAAGGAGCGGGAAAAAAUUGGAAAGGAUGAUGACAAAGAGGAUGAGGCUGACCAGGAGGGUGAUGGGCCACGUGUGCCACGCAAGAGCAAAUUUGUUAGUAAUCCAUUUUCGUCCAUUAUGGUCCUCUUUGAAUGACAGUUUGCAUGUUGUGUGGCGUGUUAGUGAAGUAAAUACAUCCAUGGCCAUCAGUUUAAACUCAAUUAUCAGGACUGUAGCAAUCAGGGUCUGCAGACAUGAGUGUUUACUUUGCCACUGUUAAAAGCUUUUUUCUUUUCUUUCCAUCAGGACAGUGACGAUGAGGGGAAUGAUGACAAUGAGGAGGAAGAAAAAGUUUCCAUGACCAAAGACUUUUCUGUCCGGAGCCCAUCACCACCUGCAGAGGAGAGCGAAUCUGAAAUGACUGACGAAGAAAAGGAAUUCCAUCUGGUCAGUUUCGUCAUAAACUGCACAGACAACAGUUAGUGACACAGAUUUAUUGAAAACGAGCUGAUUUAUCACUCCCUUGUCUUUAGAUGGUCAUGACAAAAACACUUCUGACUGAGAUCCUUCUUGAGGUCACCAAUGAGGAGAUCCAGCAUGUCGCUAAAGACACCCACCGGAAAGCCACUCGAGGUCUGCUCUUGUCUUCUCCAGUUUAUGAAUCACAUGCUUGCCACCAAGACAGUGAAUUUAUUUCAAGCAAAGUCUGUUAUUUUUAUGAUAAUCUGCCACUAUCACACACACACAGUAAGGCCCUCUAAAGUGGGUCAUGAACUGGAAAUAGGAAUAUGUCUGACAUGCGUUUUCAGCCAUUCUCUGCUAAUGUGGCAGAAGGAGAGCAAAUGUUGUACUGAUAAUAUCCAAAAGGACUGCUCCUGGUUUAAAGUAUCACAGGUUCUGCUGUAAGACUAUGACUUAAGUGACUGUGCAGCAUUCACAUACAGGCGGAUAAGACUCAGCAUUAGUACAGAUUAGUUCUUUCCUUCCUGCCCGACUGUUUUACUUGGCCUGUGCAUCAUAAUUUUGUUUGUUAACCCUCUCUCUUUUCUCCAUUUAUUUUAUUUUAUGUUAUUUUUGUUUUCUUCUCCUUACCAAUGGCAGCUCUUGUGAAUAUUGCUUGAUCUGUGACCACCUUUUCUAGCGACCCCUCUUGCCUUUGAGAAAAUGGCAGUAUGUGUUUUAACAUGUUGUUCCUGUUGUUGAUGUGAAUCAAAGCUCCUGCAAAACAGCUGGCACAGUCAAGUGCACUGGCUUCUCUGACUGGUCUCAGUGAGUAUCCCUUUUUCUGUCUGCGGGAGUGGGGGGAAGUGGGGUGGGGGGUUCUGGCGGCGUAGGGACGUCUGAAAAGCUGAUUACACGAGACAUGGCAGUAAAAUUGAAUUUAAGACUGAUGUAGACAGGAAAGAAGUCUCUCUGGAUGAUGUGGAUUUGGUCAUGUACUCUGAUAGAAGAAGCAUGCUCCUGAAUGUGAAGUGUUUCCUUCAGUUGACCAUAAAAGGUUGUUUUUAUUAGCAGUGUGAAAUCUACAGAAACAUCCUACAGGGUUAAGUUCAUUUCACCACUUCCAUUAGAUUGAGAACUCUGAUAGGUUGAACUACUUGUGAGCAUGGCUCUUGAUUCUUUCCAACAAUCAACAAUCCGGGGGCUCUGUUGUGGCAGGUGGGCUUGGUGACUAUGGUUCAGAUGAGAGUGAGGAUGAGGAUGACCGCAGCGUACAUGGGUCUGAAUCCUCUGACACCGAUGAGGAGGAGCUGCGCCACAGAAUCCGGGAGAAGCAGGACGCCUUCCGCCGCAAAGAGCGUGAGAUGCUGCAGCUGCAAGAAAAACAAGCACAAGAGGCUCUGCUUGCACGUGGUGAGUCUCAUCUUUUCUAGUAAGAGUAGAUGCGUGAUAGAUGCCUUAUGCCUCAAAAUUUAAGUAUGUGCACUAGGGAUGUGCUGAUAUAUGAUUUAAUCGCGAUAUGCGACACUAAAAUGGCCGCGAUGAUGAAAUCGUAGGGUACUGUUAUAAUCAUUCCACAAUUAUAAUUUAAAUACGAGUGGCAGUGUCACUCAGCAGAGAUGAGCGAAGCCGAGUACUUACCAACCUAACCUGCUUGUAGUCUUACCCACAGUGUCAAAGCCUCUGUAGCAAAAUGUACAAACAAACCACCACAAAAGUAUUCCCAAAUCCAAAACAAACUCUCGAUUUAAGUACAUUAAUGCCACCCUAACAAAAACGGGAACAUUAAAAGCGAAAAUGAAGAAACUUUACAACAAAAUGCAUGGCCACCCACAAUGCAUUGCGGCCACCCAAAGCACUGUUGGAGCGUGUCCACUCUGUGAACCGGAAACAGUUUGAAGAAGAAAAAAAAAGUUAACGCACACGUUCCAACUUCCAACCAACGUAACGAUGCAGCCGGACCAAGAACAGCUAGAGACUGAGAAUGACGAAGCACCUCGGCUGUAUCCUCCGAUUAAAAAGGUUUGGUUGGCAGUAUGGAUGUUUUACGGCUUCACAAAACAGACGGAGCAGGUAAACCUGACUCCAAUCUGCAGGUUGUGCCAUAAGGAAGUUGUAGCGCCGUUGUCUAAUACUUCAAACCUACGUGCCCACCUCCAUGAACACCAUCCAGCAUUGUUCGCCCAAAUCAAGGUAAAAACAACAUGACCGCAACAAGUUUGAUCUACUCUACUGCUUAUUAUUGACAACGUUAGUGACGUUUCUGCUAACUUUAGCUCCAAAAAGCCAAUGCUCCCAACGUCGCGUUAGCUGCCUCUUGCUCAUAUUGUUUGUGCGUGUCAUGCUGUGCACAGAAAAGUGAUUUGGCAGUUUUUUGCCAUUUUUAAUAACGUUAAAAGCAAUGCGCUAAUAUCGUGAUAAUAUCGUGAAUCGUGAUAUUUUGGGCCACCAAUAUCGUGAUAUCAAAUUUUUCAUAUCGGCACAUACCUAAUAGUGAUACUGCUGAUGAUCAUGAUUGUCUUCUACUGUGUCAAUGUCAGUUUGGACCUGUAUCGCAGCAAAUGUUGAAUCUUUGUAACUACAUAGCUAACAUUUAAAUCUCUUGUCAAUACUUAAAGCGUGAAUUGAUUGACAAAAGAUUUUUAUUAGUGCUGACAUUGGGUCUCAUUCAUGAAAUGUUUGUACAUUUGGUUGUAGAUUUAAGUGUAAAGGUCUAAAAACCAAAGUACUACAGAUUUAUCAAUGCUGUAAAAACCUCUGAUUUAAUCAUAGACGUUUGUAAGUUCAUGAUAGUUCAUGAACGCCAAUCGAUCGUCAAGUGACAACGCGCUCCUGACAGCUGAUAAUCAGCAUAACUCUCUGCCCUUGGUAAGCCCAUGAACACCAUAGUAGGAGAAAUAUUGAUUUGCCUGUUGUGAACAUAACAGAUCACAAUAUGAAUUUAAAUAGCAAUUUCUGAUAAGCAACAUUUCUGUGUAUGCUUUACUUAGUCAAACUCGACUCGGAGGCAGGUGUAGAUUUUGUGAGUAGCUUCAAAAGUAACAAAUCAAACAUUGAUGAAUGCAAGUUGCCCGAAAAUGUUGUUACACACAAAAUUCUUCUGCUCCCGUUUCGUGAAUGAGACCCAUUGAUCCCAUCUUUGUAAAAUCAAAAACUACAACAGAUAACAGACAUAAUGUGCUCCCAAAAUUCCCAGCACCUUGUGUUUCCUAGUGUACUUGUUUUAACAUAUCUUUUGUUGUUGUUGUUGUUGUUGUUGUUUUACAGAAGAGAUGAUAAAGGAGAGAUUGAUGAGGGAAAAGGGGGAAUAUGAUGAGGGCCAGCCAGAGAAUCCACAUAAACAGGAAGUAAAAGAGAGGGAGGCGGAGCCCUUGGUAGAGAGGCGUAGGUCUCGCAGUGAGAAGGAGGGCAGUGAGACUAAACACUCAGGUAGAGGAAAGGAGCGGUCAGGGCGAGGCAGCGAAUCCCCAGCCAACGGUCACAGCAGCAGCUCCCGCUCCAGCUCCAGCCACAGCAGCCGCCGGUCUUCAUCCUCCUCCUCUUCUUCCUCAGCCUCUUCCCGUAGUUCAUCUCGAUCCUCCUCCCCAAGAAGGAAGAGAAGGCGUAGUCGCUCUUCCUCCCACAAGGCUCGUCGCCGCAGCCGCAGCCACAGCUCCCACAGGCACCGUAGUGAUCGGGGUGAGAAGGGCAGGGACAGGAGAAGGAGUGUAGAUAGAUCGAGCCGCCACAAGAAAGACCGCAGUGAUUCCAGGGACCGCAGGAGCCGCAGGAGUAGAUCCAGAUCCAGAGAAAGAGACAGGGGCCGAGCUAGAGCCAGAGACAGCCGCAGUCGUAGCAAAGACAGAAAGGAGAAAGAGAGGGAUAAGGAGAGGAAAAGGAGUCGAGAUCAACGAGACAGCAGUCACAGCCGCAGCAGCAAGCACAAACAGAAGUCCUCCAGCAAAGACAGAGAGAGGAGAAGGGAGAGGAGUUACAGCCAUGAGAAGGACAAAAAGAAAAAGGAUAAAGACAAGGACAGGGAGUCUGAUAAAAAGAAAGAAAAACCUAAGACCAAGGAAAAAGACAAGGAGAAAGAAAAAGAAAAAAGGACUGUUGUUGCAGAGGAAAACGGUAAAUCCAAGAAAAGGAAAGACAGUGACUCCUUCACAGACACCCACAGUGACAAGCACUCACGGCAGGAUAGUAAAGUAAGUAAGAAGGGCUCCGCCAAAGCUAGCAAGAGGUGCUCGGAUUCUGACUCAAGUAGAUCCCCAACCCCUGAAGUUAGCAAAGAAAAGAAAUCGAAAAAGUCCAAACGCAGUCGUUCACGGUCGACGGAAAAAUCUCACAAGUCUGGUAAGAAGGCAAGCCGCAAACACAAGUCUAAGUCGCGAUCAAGGUAGUAUUCCUUUUUUCUCUUUUUUCCCUACUGUGUGUUUUCACUGUAUGUCUCAUUGUGAUUUCUCUGCAGCCUUCUUAAUGAAUAAAUUACAGUAACUCUAAAACAGGAAAUCAUGUUGACUGAAUGUUACAUAAAUGUGUUAAACACACUUGCAUCCAUCAUAAGUGUUAAGUCGAGGCAAUAAGGAGGUGAAAUGCUUUAUGGUAGUAUCAUUUAUUGAUGCUUGAUUGUCUUGGAAAAUUUCAGCUUUCAGCCAUUUCCUCAGUAGUGUGCAAGCUUUUGUUAGCACAAUGUUAAAACAUGCAACUACCCAAAAUAAAAGGGAGAACGUCUAAUUAGGCCGUAGUAAUGCCAAAGUGAAGAAGGGCAUUUACCUCAAACUAUGUGGGAUAGAUUGACUCCACCAGAGGUUUACAGAGGAUGGGCUUUUAAGGGGAUACAGCUGUUUGUACUAUUAGGGUAGAGUAUGCUUGGAGGGGUGGUCAUUGUGCAUGUUUGUACUUGAUGUCUGUGUGGGUGAGUGUGAUUGGUGCAGUAUUAAUGUUACGUCCACCCCUGUCUUUCAGGUCAACAUCCCCCUCCCGUCGUAGCAGACGCUAAGGAGCACAGUUAAUCUCCUGAUCUCUGCAUUUGACCAUUUUAAAUUCCAUGAGUUGAACAGGCUUGUCUCAUUAUAGAGGCAGUUGUGUAGGUGAACCCCCCCUCUCAUACAUUUCUUUCAUUUUUGUAAAUAUGUUCUUUUUAAAGUGUGACUGGAGAACAAGACUGUUUGGAUGGUAGGAAUUUUCACUUGUAUUAUUAUGCAAAGCUCAAGAUGACUACGGACACUAAGAACUCAAGUUGUAUUAUUUUAAAUGGUAACAGGAUUUACUUUUUUCAAACAUUAUUGUAAGAUGUUCAAUAAAUCUGUUUGUUCCUUGUCUU